GUGGCGCGAAUGUUAGUCAAAGUAAGCGCUAGCUGCCUAACUAGCUAACCAACUCUGUGUAGCUAGUGCUAGUAGUCGCCAUUGAAGUGGUUGUAUGAACAAAAGUAGUGAUUCCAAUACUUGUAUAUUCGACUGCUAGAAAAGCUUAAAAGGGAAAAACAUUUGAAAUGUAUUAGACUCUUGGUGAGAGUGAGGUCUUUAAGUCAACGGACGCUAUUUAGCUCACAAACCUUGCUAGCUAAUUUAUGAACGCAAGCUAAGUAUAAACCUCAGCUGGACUGUCUCUUCUCUAGCUAGCAAUGCUAGUCUGGCUGGAUACUUGUUAAGGUAGUACGACAUUUAAUUUAGAGUAUUGUAGCUAGGUGGUUUAUUAGUAUUAUCAAAAGUACAAGAAAAACGCAUGUCUCCGCCUUCAUCGACGACAUAGUGCUAUCUGGUCUGGUCAAAUAAGUCAUUUAUAUUUCGUACAGUCAUGCUUUGUUGUGCUAUACAGUAGUGCACGCUAGGAAUGAGCUUCUUAAUAGAAAUUGAAAGUAUAUUUGAGAUAUUUUAUGAACGUGGUCACAGACGUAUUCAACCACAGGUGUGGGAAAACAGAUGAACAACAAGAAUGUGUGACCCGUGAGUGGUAAUGCCAUGAGUUGUGAUUCAGAAAAAGUUGUCCAGUCCCGGUCACAAAUUACCUCAUCUGGACAGUCUACUCUUCUACAGGCACUGAGGGUGUUCAGUCCCAUGUCUGUGGAUCUCCCCCAAAAUGAGAAGGAACUGGUCACUUUCAUUGAGCAACUCAGAGGUGAGGGUAACAAGCCUACCAUUCUUAAAAGCAAGGACGUAUAUGGAUACAAAUCUUGCACUUCAAUAAUUAGGCCUAUGGUAAAGUUGCAUAAAACAGUAGACACUGUAGGCCCAAAGGUCCAGGAGCCUUGCAAAAAGAGGGGUAAACAAACAGUGGACAAGACUGAAAUAAAUUAUGCCUCAUUAAGUCCCGCAGCCAAAGUUGUCCUGAAAAAUCAACCCAAGAUUCUCCUGACAAAUAUGUCACAGGAGACCCUAAAACAGACUGUUUCAAAACCACAUGCAUUUGUAGCUGGACCAAGCAAUAUGUCCACUUGCUUGAAACUUACCAACAUAAGUGGGCCUUCUACAGGCCACACAGCAAGACUGCAGUUUCACACAGGUGUAUGGACGGGAGGCGUUACUAGGUCAAACUCCCAUCUUCCUCUAUCAGCACAGCCAUCCGAUGGUGCCAUAAGUUCAAAGAAAGCAGUAUCUCUACGAAGAGGAUAUUCUGUAGUGUGUUCUCGCAGUUUGGACACAGCUUAUAGAGUCCCUCUACCUCAUGUGCAUCAGAAUGGAUGGGUUUUGAGGGAAAGCAAUGGAAUGCCUUGUUGGAGGGACCAGAAAAGGAAGUGGGUUGAGGAGGCAGAAGAGAAACUGUCUGUGAAGAAGUCCAGUCCUGUCUGGCUGGUUAAAACACAGGAAGACCUUAAAGUGAAACAAAAUAAUUUAAGAUUUAAAGUCAUAAAGAUUGAUGACUCAAUAACUGACGAUGAGGUUAGGAGAAAAGCCCAGAAGAUACUGAAAGUCAACCUGUCUCCUGUCAUAGAAAUUCAACCACUUAUUGCCUAUCCUGUGUGAACAACUGUUUUUACAGUCAAGUAUACGUAACUUAGUUAAAUUUAUGUUUAACUAUCCAGUGUCCUAAAACCUGUAUAAUUACUUUAAUAUUUGUCAUUUGUAACAUGCUGUGUUUGAUCUGGGGUUUGUGUCUCAAACAAAUAGCCAUAAGUAAAACAUAUUUUUAUGUAUACUGUGAAAUACAAUGUUUAGGAGGAUACUUCAAAAUAUAAAUAAAAAAUUGUCUUUCAUGUACUGUAUGUAAAAGCUUCCAAGAUAGACUUGGAUUGUUAGUUUUUCUUUUUUAUUGUAGGUGUCAAGAUAUUUCUCUUUAGCAAAUGCAAUUCAAAAAAAUGUAUAACCGGUUAUGAAGACUUUGGGUGUGGAAGCUCUUCUCCUCACACUUGUGUAAUAAAGCUUUUUUACCAUA